AUGCUUCAUUGUCUUAUCCUUAGUAUUCUAUCAACAGAACGAUUAAUAUCAAAUGAAACAAAUCAAAAUGAUGUUGAAACAACACCUAAUACAAUUUAUGAAAAAAGUCUUUUAUCAUGCUCUAAUAAUCAACCAUAUUCAAUUACAUGCAUAGAUUCUAUAUCAAUGUAUUUUGAUAAAAUACAAAAUUAUGUUGAAUUAACAUGUCAAUUUUCAACAGGUGAUAUACAUGAUUUAUUACGUUUUAUAAUAUUUAUAUUAGAAAAAAUUUAUAUAAAUAAAUUUCAAAAAAAACAUUUCUUAGUUGUGAAAUAG